CAGUCGCCCAGAGCGACUCUCCCGGGCCGCGCGUUCCGCGGCUCAGAAGCUUUGGGGCUGGCGCUGGCGGUGAAUCAUAACGUUGCGCGGUCUGCGGGUGCACCUGGGUCACCAGUUUCCCUCCUUUCCACCCUGGCGCCCCCCAGCCCUGGCUCAGCGGCCGCGCUGUCCCGGGCGUCCCCGCCCUGCGGGCUCAGCGGGCUCAAUCUGCGCAGCGCUUCCUCCAUGUUGACCAAACCUCUGCAGGGGCUCCCCGCGCCUCCGAUGUCCCCCACGCCGCCGCCAGGAGGCAAGGAUCGCGAAGCGUUCGAAGCCGAAUACCGACUCGGCCCCCUCCUGGGCAAGGGGGGCUUCGGCACCGUCUUCGCGGGACAUCGCGUCGCGGACCGACUCCAGGUGGCCAUCAAGGUGGUCCCCCGGAAUCGCGUGCUGGGCUGGUCUCCCUUGCCAGACUCAGCCUCAUGCCCACUCGAGGUGGCACUGCUAUGGAAGGUGGGUGAAGGCGGCGGGCACCCUGGUGUGAUCAGCCUGCUCGACUGGUUUGAGACACCAGAGGGCUUCAUGCUCGUCCUCGAGCGGCCUAUGCCUGCCCAGGAUCUCUUUGACUAUAUCACAGAGCGAGGCCCACUGGGUGAGGACCGAAGCCGCUGCCUCUUUGCCCAGGUAGUGGCAGCCGUUCGGCACUGCCAUGCCCGUGGAGUUGUCCACCGUGACAUCAAGGACGAGAACAUCCUGAUGGACCUCCGCCGGGGCUGUUGCAAACUCAUUGAUUUUGGUUCUGGUGCCCUGCUUCAUGAUGAACCCUACACUGACUUUGAUGGAACAAGGGUGUACAGCCCCCCGGAGUGGAUCUCUCGACACCAGUACCACGCGCUCCCGGCCACUGUCUGGUCACUGGGUAUCCUCCUCUAUGACAUGGUGUGUGGGGAUAUUCCCUUUGAGCGAGACCAGGAGAUUCUGGAGGCUGAGCUCCACUUCCCUGCCCAUGUCUCCCCAGACUGCUGUGCCCUAAUCCGCCGGUGCCUGGACCCCAAGCCCUCUGCCCGACCCUCACUGGAGGAGAUCCUGCUGGACCCCUGGAUGCAGACACCAGAUGGGGAUGCACCCCUCAGUGCCUCCAGUGGGGACCCCACCCCCUUGGCCUGGCCCCUGCUGUCCUAGGCCUGGCCAGGCCCCCAUUGGCCAGAGUAGCCAUCCCAUGGCCAUACCACAGGGAGAGAUGGACAUCUGUUGGCCUGGUUUUACAGGUCAUUAAAAAUCCAGUGUUACUAGGGGUCAGGGGUUGGGGAUCAGGGGUCAGAGAAUAUAAGCUGAGUCUGUCCAGUCUCCAUCCCUGUCCUGCUGAGGAGCCUUCUUCCCGGAACCUGUGGUCUUUUGUUUCCUUGCUUCUCCUUUUAAUAAUGAUGUUUAUUUGGUUGACAUUACUUCCAUUCUAAGCCCCAGGAUUCUUACUCUAAUAGGUUGCAACCCCUACACUGGCACCAUCUACUAUGACUGCAUAAACUUCAAAUGCUCUUACUUGGGCAAGGGUGCUUUCCUUCUGGUACCCCAGCAACUCUUAUUUUGGUGAAGACACUCUUUCCCCAAGUUCACAUUCCAUGUUUGGCCCAGCUGCCUGCCCCAGCCCAGGGUUGCGUAUUCUGGGGGGAGGUAAAGCCCUAUUCUUAUCCCAGAGCUCUUUUUUUGGUGAGGGGACUCUACUGUUAUCCCAAGUGCUCUUAUUCUGGUGAGAAGAACCCUACUUCCAUGACUUGGGAAGAAAUGGGAGAUGGGCAUCAUCAGACACUAGGAUGGGGUGAAUGGGUAGUUUCUGGGAUAGGAGACAUAAGCCUUGCUGUCUGUUCUUCUGGGGCUCCCCUCUCCAACUUUUGCAGAUUCUUGCUGCCUGUUCUUGAGCAAGAAUCGUCCAGUUGCAGAAAUGUAAAUACUUAUGUAUUGGGGGGUGGGGUGGGGGAGCUCCAACUGUGUCUUCCUCUCCCUUCUCCCCUUGCCUGGUUUAUUUAAAAAGCCAUGUGUGGAGACCUAUUUAAUAAAUCUAAUACAACCAGAAA